AUGGACUUGGAGUAUCGGAACCUGGUGGCACCGAAUGGGCUGCCUCUGAUUCCCCCGAGCGACUUUCGGUCCCCGCGACUGCCCCGGCCACCCCCGGGCCUUGAGUUCAUGCAGAGGAGCCCGGAAUCUGGCGAAAUGGAGAAGACCCCGCCGGUCACAGGCAAGCGCCGAGGCGGCAGCCGGAAGGCCUGCAACGAGUGCAAGCAACAGAAGCUACGAUGUGAUAUUGUCCAAACCCCGGCUGCGGCAUGCUCUCGUUGUCGAAGGCUGGGUAUUGACUGUAAAGUGGAACAAUCUUUUAAGCGCAUUUCCAAGCGAAGGCGCAAUGCUGAGAUGGAAAAGGAGAUCGCAGAUCUCCGCCGCCGACUUGCAUCCAGUGCGGAUCCAGACCAGCUGGCCGAGCCUCAUACUGGCGAUGAUUUGUCUCAGUGUUCAGAAGAGGCCUUUGGCCGCCGCGACUCGACCGGCAUUGACCGAUCUCGGCCAGUCUCGGUGCCAGCGGAAACACACCCGUCUAUCGCUACCCCCUUAACCAUGAAACGGGAUGGAUCCAUUCUGUCUCAGGAAGAUAAUACUCCCUGGAGACUGGAGGAUGUCGCCCUUUCUCGAGCACGGGUAGCACGGCUCUUUGAGCAAUAUUUCAACUAUUAUCACCCAUUCCUUCCACUUCUGAACCUCCCCAAACCUCCAGAGGUUUAUCUGAGUCGGUGCCCCUUGCUAGCAUGGACCAUUAUCUGUGUGGCCAGCCGUCGAUCGCCGUCUGACCCGGGCUUGCUGGCUGCGCUGUCAGGACCAUUCAGUCGCCUGUUAUGGUCUACCAUUACCGGUGUUCCACAGGAUUAUCGAGUGGUCAAGGCACUAUGUGUUCUGUGCACGUGGCCUCUACCUACCACUAGUCAGCGAACAGAUGCCACAUUUAUGCUUAGCGGGCUCAUGAUGCAAAUCGCCAUGCAAUUAGGGCUACAUCGCCCGGUACAAGCGGAAGAGUUCACUACCUUUCGAAUAGAAGCACAAGGGGAGGCUCUCAAGGAUCGUCUCCAUACCUGGGUCAUAUGCAAUAUAGUAGCACAGAAUGUUGCAACCGGUUACGGUCAACCGCCGAGUACUAUUUACGACUGGGCUUUAGAACCUGCUUCUCUCAAGGAUGCCGACUAUCAUCUGCCUGACGAUCUGGUAAUCCGACUCCGCGUCGAAAAGUUCUGCGAUCGAGUCACCAAGGCUCUGUACAGCAACAAGCCUGAACCAAACGAGUUCAUCAGCGUCGAAAAGCUUGUCAUUGUCCAAAUCCUGGAGAGUGAACUGAGGGAGAUGGAGGUGGAAUUUGGGCGAGACAUUUCUGCCAUCAACAUGAUACACCUGCGUGCAGCCGAACUGCAUCUCCGUUAUUUUGUCUUUUUGAGUUCCAACGCACGAAGCGAUGACCUCACAAAGCUUUUUAUUGCCACGACCUCCUUUCUAGGCCGUGUACUGGACCUCGAAACUUCUCCAGGGGAGUUAAUUGGACAUUCGACCAAUUACAUUCUUCAAAUGAUUGUCUCGGCCGCGUUUGCCCUCAUGAAACUUUUGAAGAGUAGUUUUAGUCGGCAUAUUGAUUUCAAUCACGGCAAGCUUUUGUUUAACGGGGCUAUUUCGGCAAUACGUAGAAUCAGCGUGAUGGAUCACGACCGGCCCAUCCGACUCGCCGAUAUUCUUGCUCAAAUGUGGAAUGCCACCGGUCCCGAACCUGCCGAGGGGGACGGGCUUCAACUAAAAGUUCGCUGUCGCAUGAGCAUGAGCCAUGUCUAUGACACCGUAUGGCGAUGGCGGCAACGCUUCCGACCGGUUAAGAGCAUCGAAGAGAUCCAAGCUGCGGCUGCGGCUGCCAACCCUGACUUGUUGAGCACAUCUGGAUCAUUGGCACGACCUCAAGAUAAUAGUACCCUUGAGGAUUCGGCCCUGAUGUUGCCUACCCAAUUUGAUGAGAGCGGUGCAUUCUUCAACGAGGCGGGAUUCUCAGAGGUCUUUGAUUCCUUGAAUUGGGUUUUUGAGGGUAUUCCGGAUUCUUUUGUUGCACCGCCAGUCCUUUGA